GUCCUCCUGAGGCGUGAGCCGAACGUGGCCACGCCCCGAACGUGGCCACGCCCCUUACGUAGGGACGUUCAGUCAGUCUCGGGAGCCACCGCUUUCGCCGCCUUAGAAGGAAGGAGGUCCGUUGUGUGAGCAGUCUGCUAUGGUGCUGAGUUCCCGGGUAGAGCCGACCGAGCCGAGGCGGUCGCGGCCAUGAAGGCGGGUGCUACUUCUAUGUGGGCUUCAUGCUGUGGGCUGCUGAAUGAAGUCAUGGGAACCGGAGCUGUCCGAGGCCAGCAGGCGGGAUUUCCAGGAAGCACUGGCCCAUUCAGAUUUACACCGAGCUCUGACUUUCCCACCUACCCACCAGCUGCUACUGAAGGACCCAAUAUAGUUUGCAAAGCCUGUGGACUUUCAUUUUCAGUCUUUAGAAAGAAGCAUGUCUGCUGUGACUGCAAGAAGGACUUCUGCUCCCUUUGCUCAGUCUCACAAGAAAACCUCCGCAGAUGUUCUACUUGUCACCUGCUACAAGAGACGGCCUUCCAGCGCCCUCAGUUGAUGCGACUAAAAGUGAAGGACCUUCGGCAGUAUCUCCUCCUCAGAAACAUACCAACCGACACUUGUCGUGAGAAGGAAGACUUGGUGGAUCUAGUACUGUGCCAUCGUGGACUAGGCUCAGGGGAUGACCUGGACUCAAGUAGCCUCAAUUCCUCAAGGUCCCAGACUUCUAGUUUUUUUACACAAUCCUUUUUGUUAAAUUAUACACCCCCUUCUGCUACUGUGUCCUCCUUCCAGGGAGAGCUCAUGGACAGAGAUGGCACCUUCAGAUCAGAAGUUCUGGCACAGGUACAAAGUGAAAUAGCUUCAGCAAACACAGAUGACGACGACGAUGAUGAUGAAGACGAUGAUGAUGACGAUGACGACGAUGAUGAUGAUGAACAAGAAGAAAACUUAGAGGAACAGAACCCCGGGCUUUCUAAGAAGAAAGUGAGAGCUUCCCUCUCUGACCUGUCAAGCCUUGAAGAGGUAGAAGGGAUGAGUGUGCGCCAGCUGAAGGAAAUCCUGGCUCGGAAUUUUGUCAACUAUUCUGGCUGUUGUGAGAAAUGGGAGCUGGUAGAGAAAGUCAGCCGGCUGUACAAAGAGAACGAGGAGAACCAAAAGUCAUAUGGUGAGCGGAUGCAACUUCAGGACGAGGAAGAUGAUAGCCUGUGCCGAAUCUGCAUGGAUGCAGUCAUUGACUGUGUCCUGCUGGAGUGUGGGCACAUGGUCACCUGCACCAAGUGUGGCAAGCGCAUGAGUGAGUGUCCCAUUUGCAGGCAGUAUGUGGUUCGAGCUGUGCAUGUUUUUAAGUCCUGAAAUUGAGGUCUCUGCAGUGGGACACUCACAUGACUUUACCACAAACAUUUCAGUGCACUAAAGGGACUGGAAACUUAUUGUUCUAAGGCAGAAACUAUUUUUAAAAAUUAUUUUCAUUACUAACUGGGGAAAGUUCAUCUUAAGUUGAAGAAACCUGGCCAGUGCCAUAGGCCUGUCACACAUAGCCAGUGGACACAUGGCUUUCCCAGGUUUUGCUGGUUUUUAUCACUUGUUUCCCCUGAGCACUAGUUGAAUCCAGACAGUUCAGUGUGGGUGUGGAGACCAGCUGCCUGUCUCUUACUUUACCUUUAUCCUGUGUUUGAAACUUUUGUUCUCUUUGAAGUGAACUCAUUGUUCAUGACUGGGCUAGUGUGGACUGACCUGAGCGGUAGCUGCUUCAGUGUUCACUUGAUUAGCCAUGUAUAUUUUAAAUGCUAAUAUUUAAUGAAUGUAAGUUUCAACAUUGUUGCUAUUUCUGCAUUUAAACAUAAUUAAUUGGGAGACAACUGAGAUUCUAUAGUCAACUGCCAGGGCCUUAGACCAAAUAUGUUCAUUUUUGUUCAGAUACAGCUUUUAAUAGCAAGGGCUGCAUCUAGCUUCUUAUCUUAGAAGUGUGUGCUAAAUUCUUUAUUAACAUGUAAUCAAUUUACAAUGUUUUGUAUAGUGAAGGUGUAUUUUUAGUGCUACCUGCUAGUAAAUUUCAACUUUAGGAAUAAAAUAAAAUUAAAAGGCUGCUGUAGUUUAA